AUGUCGCUGCCGGACUUUACACACCCCUUCAACGUGUAUGAGGCCCAGGCGGUGGUGCGCGCGCUCGAGGCCGGGAGGACGAGCGGGGUGUAUCUGCUAGAUGUGCGUGAGGAGUUCGAAGUGAAAGCGGUGCCGCCGCUUCCACAUGCCCUGGUGAUUCACUUUCGAGACCUCCAUACUGCCAUGCGGAUGUGGGCAUCAUCUUUUCAGAGCAAGUACGGCGUGCGUAAGCCACGCAAGAAAGACCGCAUUCUUGUGUACGCGUUAAACCAGCAGCGGGCCGCAUCUGGCGCUUCCUACCUAGUGGAGCGUGGGUACAAGUCCGCUGUCUUCCUGAACGCCAAGAUCUCAGAAUACCUUGACUCGACCCAGAACGAACUGGAUGAGGAUCUUUAG